UGUUUGGGUGUCGGAGGUGUGCGGGAACCGAUCGACAGACGACGAUCAAAACAUAAAUACAUAAUGCCCGAUGAAACCAGGCCAGACACGAUCCCCGAUCUCAUUAUCAAGCUGCUCUACAACAUCACCGAUCGGUACCGCAGGAUAGACAUUUAUGAUGACGGGAGUGAGUCGCUCUCGGAUGUUGAUGACGAGACGGUAUGGGUUCAUGAUAACUGGAGAUACGCCAGAGCGGAAGCUCUGUCGAUCGGCGAAAUCGACGAUCUCAAUGCUCUCCUCCUUCAGAUGCAAAACUCCACUCUACCUGCGUUACAACAGCAACUUGGCGAAAUGUUGGAAUCGCUGAACCUAGAUGAUCUACCUGCCCGAGUUCCAAAUCCAAAUCUUUUCUAUGCUCCAGAAAUCGUAUUCCGACUCGGCCAUACCGUCGAUCAAAUCAAUCAUUUUGUCCAGUCCAUUGCCCCGAUUGUUGUGAAUCCGUUGCACAUACCUCAGAAGAGCGAUCAUGAUUACGGUGGUUUGAAAGUCUACAGGUCCACUGAUCUGAUAGAGAAAUUGAACGACUUAAUGCGCCAAAAUGUUAUACAGGCCUUACUCCACCAUCAUGUCCUGUUCAUUCGAGCCUGUUCAAACAAUCAUCGGACCAGUUCUUACGAUGAAUCCCAACUGAAGUUCCACUCAAAAAAUCUUGCGCAAGCAACUGCUCAAACCUCGGAGGCAAUCGAUCGUCUAAUCAAAUGGUCCAAGAAAUCGGAUUUCGGUUUGAUUCAGGCCGACUGUCAAAGUUUCGCAAAUGAUCUCGAUCCGAUUCUGGAAAACCUAUUCACACGAAUAAUCUCAAAAGUCACACCAGAACAACGGCGUAAAUCAAUUAAUGCGGGACAUACCAAUCAAUCUCAAGCUGGACCUGAAAAUGAACGUCAAGACACUGGGUCUGAUAUCGACUCCAGCGAUGCUCAACACAAUCAACCCAGCGCGAGCCGUUUGACUGACUCAUUUGAUGACACCUCUCUGAGCUUGCACCUCAUGAGGCUGACUGAGGCAACCAUACCACUAAUCAAAAUUCUCAGGAUUUUCUUCAAAAAACUAUCGGACACACCAAUAAGUAAAGCACCAUUCACGAUCAGUGCCCAACUGUGUUCCGAUCAGAUCAACCCAAUGGAUUACGAACUUGGCUCUCUCGAUUGUGGCAUCGAAAACCUUCUGAACGUCAUAUAUCAGCUUGACGAUGGUCCGAUAGACAUGGCACAAGUGAAGUAUCUGGAGACCUUGCACGAAGAGCUCUAUCGCCAUUUCAAUUCAUCCCUAACCUUACUAUGCUUCCAUCUGAUACCUUUGAGUGAGACUCAGUAUCAUCUUCCCAGAUCUGUAAAUCUCUGUAAAACUUGGUUUUUUACUUUAAGAGAACAAUUCUGCUUGGCUUCUGACAUGUUUGUAGAGGCUCUAUACCAGAUGAAAAUUGCUAUACAAAUGUAAUCAAUCUGUUCUCAAC